UGGCAGUUCGACGGCCGUAUACAAAUAACCUCUACUCUUUCUGUUCGAUUUCUGUCUCUCUUUCCUCUCCAUCUGUACUUCGAAGACGUUCCUCAGUUGAUCUCUGGAUUUGUUGCUGGUCAAAAAUCCUAUCAUUUCAAACACGUUUCACAAACAUUCUUGCAAUCUCCUUCAGCUCACAUAAGCUCCUUCAUUUAUUAUCUCUCCACAUAUCCACCGAAUUCACUUCCUCAUCAUGUCUUCCGCCCCUCGCAGACGCAGUAGACGUCAAGCGGGUCUACCACCCAUUCCAACACGCCAUCCCUACCAGGUCACAAAGGACCAGCAGACGUCAAAGAUCAGCUCUGCAUGGCCAAACGCAAGGUCGAGGCGUCGCACGCGUGCAAGCAGGGGAAUCUAUCUAUCGAACAACAGAUGCUACCAGACAACGACUUUGCAAACAUUGGUGCAUGUGCCCAAGUUCAUGAAUUGGCUCAAGAUGCACAACACAUCAAAAAAAACGGCUUGUUCGCCUGGUGGCGUAUAUAUCCAGCGGCCCAUGAACCAAGGCGGCGAUGCUCAGCACUUCAAUCUCUGUCCAGCGUGCGCUAUGAAGGAUUUCAUCGCAUAUUACUGGAGCGACCAAGAUCUUGACGGGUCCGGCGAUCCACAAGCUAUCCGUAGGGACAACCGUGUCCUGAAUUUCCUUCGAAUGGCGGACUUCCGUUUUGGUGGCAACCAGGACAGUCCCGAGGUGUUUUUCGAUUUCCUCAAAGGGCAUAUUGUCAAUUCUACGCCAUUUAGGGAAAAUAACGCGUCCCCUUGGGGCCUCAUGUUCAAUGCCCUCUUCGAAUUACAGCUUCAAAAAUCGCAUUCUUGUUCCAAUUCCGCUUGCCCGCGCAACACUACACCCGACGUGACCGAACAAGAAGCCCAAUGCGGCAUCCCAGGCCUCCAAAUCCUUGACACCGGCAACGACAACCUCGCAGCAUCACUCCACCGUUACCUAGCGGGCCACCCCCUUCAAGAUUACCGAUGCGAGGCCUGCAAUCAGAAGAAUACCACCACGCAAUCGCACCCCAUCCUAGCAGCACCCGAUAUCCUGCGCAUCUGCCUCGUCCCUGGUGGAUACGACCGGUUCGGAAACCCCUACAAGAUCACCGCGCGAUUCGGCCUUACAGAGUUCCUCGACCUCACCCGGUACCAGCUCGAUCCGUCGACGCCGCUGAAGUACCGCCUCUCCAGUGUGAUUAAUCACAUCGGUGAGCUUGAUUCUGGGCACUAUAUUGCGACUGCCAGGGCGCCAGAUAACGUCUACGUGAUCAAUGACAACGAGAAGUUGACCUGCGAUACUGCCGAUCCGCCGGCGGCGAACCCGUCGGCCUUGCUGUGCAGGAAUCCCCAGCGCUGGAAUGAUGGUUCCUACCAGGCGUUCGUCCUCACCUAUCUCCGAGUGCCGGAUAAGGAGUUGGAGAAGCUGAAGUAGGGUGAUGCCCACCAUCGUCCACUACGUACGUAAUCUCACCCCCUACGGUACUGUUCCCUCCUCAUCGUCUAUAUAAAACCCUCAAUUCCUGCAUCUUCCAUCAAGCGGCCAGGAACGACGGAGUGGUAGGAUA